GAGAAAGAACCUGUGGAGUACAUGAACUUAUCUGUAUUAGGAAAGUCUCUCCAGAGGCGGUUGGAUUUUUGUCAGCGGUUGGGGUGUUUAUUAUCUUGAUGCUGCUCCUUUUUCUCUAUAUUAAUAAGAAGUUCUGUUUUGAAAAUGUUGGCGGGUUUCCAGAUCUUGGUCCAGGAUACAGCACAAGGAAGAAUUCACAAGAUAAAAUUUAUAAUUCCUACAUGGACAGAGAUGAGCACGGUUCAUCCUCUGAGAGUGAAGAUGAAGCACUGGGUAAAUACCACGAGGCCUUAUCCCGAACACACAAUUCCAGGCUCCCAUUGGCUGAUUCUAGACAGAAGAACUAUACUUGGGAAACAAGACAAAAAUACAGCCCUCUAUCUGCAGAGUAUGAUGGCUACAGUAGCGAAGCAUCAAUAGAUGAAGGAAGCUGCAUUCAGAGAAUGAGAAGAACACCCCCACUGGACGAACUGCAGCCCCCGCCAUAUCAGGAUGACAGCGGGUCUCCCCACCUGUCAUGUACACCCUCAGAAAUCGGGGACAGUAAAUGUGAAUUUUCCCACUGCAGCAACAGCCCAAGACGCUCCUAUAACAAGUGCCCGAGUGAAGGAAGCACCGGUCACGAAAUAGAAAGUUUUCAUCAUAAAGGAUAUGAAGAAGAUGUUCCGAGUGACAGCACUGCCGUCCUGAGCCCCGAAGACAUGUCAGCUCAAGGAUCAUCUUCACAGCUUCCCAAACCCUUUGAUCCUGAGCCAGAAGCGAAGUAUGGCACACUGGAUGUGACUUUUGACUAUGACUCACAAGGACAGAAGCUCCUGGUAACCGUGACAGCUGUCACAGAUAUCCCAACAUAUAACAGGACAGGUGGCAACUCAUGGCAAGUACACCUUGUUCUUCUACCUAUAAAGAAACAGAGAGCAAAAACCAGCAUCCAGAGAGGACCAUGCCCUGUCUUCACAGAAACAUUCAAAUUUAACCAUGUUGAAUCUGAGAUGAUUGGAAAUUAUGCAGUUCGAUUUAGACUGUAUGGUGUACAUCGCAUGAAAAAAGAAAAGAUGGUGGGGGAAAAGAUUUUUUAUUUAACAAAAUUGAAUCUUCAAGGGAAAAUGUCAUUACCUGUGAUAUUGGAACCUUCUUACAAUCAUUCUGGCUGUGACUCGCAAAUGAGCAUGUCAGAAGUGUCCUGUAGUAGAAGUACAUCCUCCUGUCAGUCUCUGGAGCAUGGCUCAGUUCCAGAAAUUCUCAUUGGCCUGCUUUAUAACGCCACCACUGGCAGACUAUCAGCAGAAGUCAUCAAAGGCAGCCACUUCAAAAACUUGGCAGCAAACAGACCACCCAAUGGACUGUUCUGUUGUCUAAAACACUUGAUAGGUGGACAGGUUUAUAUAAUCCGAGAUACAUAUGUUAAAUUAACUCUACUGAAUUCCAUGGGUCAAGAAAUGUCUAAAUGCAAGACAUCCAUCCGCAGAGGGCAGCCAAAUCCAGUGUACAAGGAAACUUUUGUUUUUCAAGUGGCCCUGUUUCAGCUCUCUGACGUGACCCUUAUCCUGUCUGUGUAUAACAAGCGCAGCAUGAAAAGAAAAGAGAUGAUAGGCUGGAUUUCUCUAGGUCUGAACAGCUCUGGAGAGGAGGAACUCAAUCACUGGACCGAAAUGAAAGAGUCGAAAGGACAGCAAGUGUGCAGAUGGCACGCGUUACUGGAGUCAUGAUGAGGAGAACAAGCUUCUGCAGCCCCAGGCAGCAUUGCUGUCAGUGACAACGCCGCUGUUUUGACCUGGUCAUCGUUAGAAGACUUAUUCUUUGAAGAAUCACCUUCAACAUUCUACCAAAAUGUUUUAAAUUCUGUGGAAAGACCAUCUAAUACUGACAGGAAUGAAGGCAGGUUGUAUCUCUGGUAGAGUUUGGGACGAUGAAAAACCCUAUCAUCAUUGUUAAGCUACCGAUCCUCCAGAGCUUUAAGAACAUGCUUUUGGGUUGAAGUUCAUUUUACUUUAGCAAAAGAGCCAGUCAUUUCCUGAAAAAUCAAAAUUUUCAAUGAUUUUUUAGAAUUUUUAGUUGCAACACGAUUUUAGUAUCACCCUACAUAUUAUCCAUAAAGCAUAUUUUGACUGGCUUGUCCCUGGUGUUUUGAAAUGUACUUUGAUAAAAGAAAGUAGUUCUCCAACUCUAUUGUAAGUCAUAUCUGGUGUUGAAAGGUUUCAGUCACAUUGGAAAUUGUUUUCUUUCAGAUAUUUUCCCUUUAUGCACUUAGCUUCCUUGUACCUCGGUUCUCGGUAGCACUAAAUCUGAGUGCAAGCAAGAUUUCAUUGUCAUAAAGGCAUUUUUAAUGUUAUUUUAAAAACUCAUUUCUUCAUUUACCUCUGCUUUUUGCCCCAUCAAAAGAGACCCAGUCACUGUACUGGUCCCUUGCAAGUCCUUAGACAGGUUGUACUGUAGAACUCUGUAACUUUCUGUUGAAAGCACUUCCUGUAUUCUCGUAUUCCAAUGUAGGAAGCUAAUAGAACAGGACCUUACUUUAAAAUUCCUUUCAACGACUGACUCUUUAAAAUCGUAGUAAUGUGCAUAUACAUUUUUUACAAACUAAAAAAAUAUAGUAUGAGCUGCUGAAAAUGGAAAACAUCUUAAGUUAAAGAACAUUUUAAUGAUCCGCUCUGAGUGUGUAGUAGCAAGCACUGCAUAAAGCAGGUAGCAUUCGCAUAAGAAACUGUUCUCUCUCUAAAUCUUCUGCUCUCUCACUUCAAUUUGUAUUUCUGACAUAAAGACUCUCCACUUCUCGGUUUGAACCAGAACAUCGUGUUCAAAAAGGUUCUGGGAUUCCUUAUGAAGUUUCUAGUGACUUGUGACUAGAUUUUAUCAAACUUACAGAUACGUUCUCCAACGUGAUGUCAUCCUGUGCCUUUUGUGUAAGUUAACUUUGCUCAGACAGCGCGAAAGUUGUAUUUGCAAAGUUAGGCCUUCGAUUUUUAUAAAUGAAAGAUUCCUCAGAACAGUGUCACAAGCUCUCUUUUUCCUCUGAAGUGUGUGAAAGCUGUACAAUGUGCUGUUUUUCUUAACUCGCAAGGCCUUUUCGUUUGUUUUUAUAUUUAGGAACACUGAUUAAUCAGAAAUACUAUAAGCUGUUUUCUUUUUAAUUUUGCUUCUUAACCAAUAUAUAAUUUUAUGCAUACACUUUAUAUGAACAACAUUUUUCUCUUUCUAAUUUUUGGUUAAACUAGACGAAAGCAAACUAUUUGCCAAUUACUAAAAAGCAAGUAUAUCAUUGCUCCUAGUCCCAACUAAGUACUAUAUAUAUUAUUUUAAGCGAGGGCUUGUUUUCAUCACAGUAACAAAACCAUGCGUACAUAUUGUUUCAACGUGGCUAAACUGAAAGGCCUUAAAUUUAAAAAAAAACAAAACACAAAAAACAAUAAACUCCUGAUAUAUUUUUUAAAAUGGCAGCUCUAUGCAUUUAUGCACAUGAAUUCUAAAAUACAAAUGCUAUAUGACAUGAGUUUUAAGACUGUCUAUUAUAGAGUUGCAUUAAAGGGAAAAAUUCGUUCUUUUAUUGUUACACUAUUCAGUUUUUCCCAGGUGUUUUGGGUGUGUGUUUUUUUUUUUGUAAUUGAGUUAGGUUAUAAAGUUAGAACAUGAAUCAAAUGGCAUGAUAUCUCAUGUAGCAGUCAUGGAAAGGGUUUUAAGCAGGGUGGGGAUGUAGGGUUUACUGAGAAAUUAGAUUUAGGCAUUUGAUGCCAGAGGUAUCUGCCCUGGCUUUGAGACAGCUGCCUGCAUUGCUAACACCUGGGAUCUUCCUAAUAAAAAGAGAUUCAGUCUUAUGUGUAGCUGUAACAAAGCCUAAACACACAUGUGAUAAAACCAGCUCGGUGCUUUUCCUUCGGUGAGGAAAGACCUCACUAGCUGUUACUUGUUCAGUCUGUCCUUCAGCCGAUGCCCAGAAUUGUGUGUGUGCUCCGAUGUAUCCUUGGGGAUUUGCCUGGCAUAAGUAUCACAUCCAAUGUGGCCUAAAACGUAAUUAACAAUUUUAAAAACUUUCAACAAAGGACCCCGUCUCCAUCCCAGCUACCAAGUCCUCAAAGAUUAUGGAUUAUGUGUCUGUGUAUCUGUAUACACACCUGCACACAUACACACUAUGUAUGUGUGUGUAUACAUGCAUACACACACACAUACACACAUGCAUGUAUGUAAAGGUGAAGGUGCCCUGGCUUUUUCAGAAAAGGAAUUAGAAAAACAUCUAUCAAGUUGAUGGAUUCUUUUUCUCCUCUAUUUAGGAGAAAUUAUAUUUGGUUCUGGGUGCUAUUAGCUGCCAUUCUCCUCCACACACAGCAAAGUACGUAUGGUUUUUCCUGUGGUCUGACACAAGUUAAUUACUUCCAAAAGUUUGUCUAUUCUUUUAAAAAAGGAUUACAUACGGCUCAAGAGACCCCCUCCCUCUGCUGAAUCUGCUGUACCAGGCAGUCCGACUGCUCUUUUGUGUGCUUGAAUUUGCAUGAAGGCUUAAAGGCAAAAAUCUUAUAUCUCAGCAAUUAUAGCAAAUAGGGACCCACUGGUGGGCAGCAGGUGUUGUCUCAGAAACUCGAGAAAGGCAACGCACUUUCUUAUUGUUCCCUUAAAAUCCCCCAAGUUUUAUA